CUAAAGAAGAAAUGAAUGAUUGUGGUGGAAGUGCGAUGGCGGAAUUGGAAGAUGAGGAGGAGAGGGUAUCACUGACACUAGAUUCACAAGUAGGUGUGGUUGUUGAUGGAGCCGUUGACUACAAAGGUCAACCCUCCAUCAGAUCCAAAUCUGGGUCAUGGAAAUCUGCUCGCUUUAUCAUCGGCGUGGAAGUGGCUGAGAGGAUGGCAUAUUACGGGAUUCAGGCGAAUCUCAUAUCGUAUCUCACAGGUCCACUCCACCAGAAUACCGCCACCGCUGCUGAGAAUGUCAAUAUCUGGUCAGGAACCGCUUCUUUGCUUCCUCUCUUUGGUGCCUUCCUUGCUGAUUCUCUUCUCGGACGCUACCGCACCAUCAUCCUCGCUUCCCUCAUCUAUAUUUUGGGUCUAGGCUUGUUAACAUUAUCAGCUUUGCUUCCUUCCCUCACCAAAUAUGAGUGCCAACUUGACAGCAAAUUCACAUCAUGCUCUCCUCAGUUGCAAGUCAUCUUGUUCUUUAUCUCACUUUAUCUGGUCGCCAUUGGACAAGGUGGACAUAAGCCCUGUGUUCAGGCUUUUGGGGCUGACCAAUUUGAUGAACGUCAUCCAAAGGAGCACAAAGCUAGAAGCACAUUCUUCAAUUGGUGGUAUUUUACCAUGUGUGCAGGUUGUAUGGCAACAUUGUGGAUCUUGAACUACAUACAGGACAACCUUAGUUGGGUUAUUGGAUUUGGAAUACCUUGUGUUGCAAUGAUUAUUGCAUUGCUUGUUUUCUUGCUUGGAACAACCACCUACAGGUUUAACAUUCAGGAGUGUGACAAGAUCAGUCCCUUUCUCAGAAUUGGCCGUGUAUUUCUUGCAGCUAUAAGAAAUCGGCAAACUACCAUAUCAAGCAUGUCUAUAGAAGAGGAAUCUCGUGGAAUACUUCCUCAUCAAAAUUCUGAACAAUUCAAUUUCCUCAACAAGGCAUUGUUAGCACCAAAGGGUUCUAAGGAAGAGGAGACUUGUAGCCUUACUGAGGUGGAAGAAGCAAAGGCAGUACUGAGGCUGGUUCCAAUUUGGGCUACAACUCUAGUUUAUGGUAUCAUCUUUGCUCAAAUUUUUACUUUUUUUACCAAACAAGGAGCAACUAUGGAGAGAACAAUAUUUCCUGGUUUUGAUAUACCUGCUGCUUCUCUUCAAACGCUUGGCACCCUGGCCAUUGUUAUCUUCAGUCCCAUAUAUGACAGGCUUUUUGUACCAAUGGCAAGAGCUAUCACUGGGAAACACUCCGGCAUCACAAUGCUGCAAAGAAUAGGGACUGGAAUUUUUAUAUCCAUAGUUACAAUUGUACUUGCAGCUCUUGUUGAGAUGAAAAGGUUAAAGACAGCACAAGAGUCAGGUCUUGUUGAUGAUCCUGGUGCAACAGUUCCAAUGAGUAUAUGGUGGUUGAUUCCUCAGUAUUUCUUGUUUGGAGUUUCUGAAGUUUUUACCAUGGUUGGUCUGCAGGAAUUUUUCUAUGAUCAAGUCCCAAAUGAACUAAGAAGCAUGGGUCUUGCUCUCUACCUUAGUAUCUUUGGUGUAGGGAGCUUUCUGAGCGGCUUCCUCAUUUCUGUGAUAGAAACGGUGACAGGAAAAGAUGGCCAAGACAGUUGGUUUGCUAAUAAUCUCAAUAAGGCGCAUAUUGAUUACUUUUACUGGCUACUUGCUGGAUUCAGUGUGGUGGGAUUUGCAAUGUUCAUGUGCUUUGCAAAAUCUUAUGUAUAUAAUCACAAAGGAGCAUCACGAGUAUAGGAUAGACAGUUGUUAUAUUCGGUUCUGUCAUUCAUUUUUAUUUACUGAUCUUCUUCCCUGUAGCUGCCAUUAAUUGUUGUCCUCAUUGUCAAUCUCCUCAUGUAUAUUUUCUCUUA